AAAGUUGCUAUUUAAAUUGCAAAGGCCUGCGCAUAAUAUUUAAAAGUUCUGGAUUAUCAGUUCAGUACGUUUAGAAAGACUUGUUAACUUUAUAGAUCAUUAUACGUGUGAACCAAGAUGUCAGUGCCUUAAACAUACGUAAAAUGGACAGAAAAAGAAAGAACUACAGACAAGGUCGGCACGAAGGGAACAGAGACCACUAUCCGUACAAAGACGGUUAUCAUGGAAGAGAUCCGUACCAAGACGGUGACUAUGACAACGGAUCUUAUGUUCCUGACGGCUAUUGGCAGGGUGCUGGAAUCAGAUAUCCAUCUACAUACAGAGCUCCGUAUGUCAAGGAGCCUCCAUAUGGUGUAUUUCGACCAAGUAGUUCGAUCGCGAGUACAGACAGUGAUUUAAGAACACCAUCAAGAAAACGUAGAUCUAAAUAUAUGAUCAUAGCCAUCAUACUUACAGUGGUACUUGUUGCCGCUAUUGUUGGAGCUAUACUAGCAGCAACCUUGCCCUUAGGAUCAGAGGAAGCUGCUCAACCUAAAACUGUUGAAAGAAUUGGCAAGUACACUUUUGUUUCAAGUUACUAG